UUUAAUUUUAUCAGAAAUUCUUGCCAAUCGUGAAUGUGUGUAGGGCAAAGGAACAUCAUUUGGCGGGAAAACGAUGAGAGUGUGAGGUAUUUCUAAUUGGCAAUUGGAAUCCGAAGCAGAGGGAAAAGAGUAGAAAACUAGAAACCAAAAACCGCGAAAACCUUCUUCUCUAACAAUUCGUAAUCGUUCUCUCCUUAUGGCGCAAACCCAAACCCUAGCUUUGGUCGAAGAGAUUGAAUCCCUCGUCUCCGAUAAACUUCAAGUGGUUUCAUAUAAGUGGCUUAGUCGUAAUUACAUGAUAUCUUCCAAUGAGGCAAAGAGGUUGCUUCAGGAGUUUGUUGAAAAGCAUGAUGGUGGAUUGGAGGUUGUUUAUGCUUUGUCUGGCUGGUUAAAGGGCAGCCACCCAAGUUACCACAUAAGGCUUGUUACUGGCCCAAAGCUAGCAGAAGCACAGCAAGAAUUUGAUGGCAAUUGCUCAAUUCAGGUAUACAGUGUGCAAGCUAGCAUCCCAAAGGACCCGGCUGUGCUUUGGAAUGCAGAAUUUAUUCAAGCAGAGGAGCUCUUCAAGCAGCCAUGGUCAGUCGACAAUUGCUUGAGAGAUAACAGGUUCUGUGGCAUAUCUAGUUCUUUUGUUCAACGAAAUGUAGAUGGCAUGCCAGUGGUUGCUGCAACUCCACUGACAAAAGCUUCAGUAGGCAUAGGACAAACAAAGAUGAAUGUUUUGCAACCUCAAAAAAAUAUAGCACACGAUACAAUUCCCAGAGCUGAUCUCAAGUCAGAGGAUGUGGUGAAAGAUGUAAAGAGUGAAAGCAAUGGUACAGGGAGUACAGGAGUUCAUGAUCAGGUUAACAAACCCAGUGAAGACAAAGAAAAGGUAGUGCCUGCAGGAAAAAAGAAAGCACAAUCUGAUAAAAGUGGUUCUUCUACUGGUGGUUCAUUGGCAAGCUUUUGGGGUCGUGCAUCUGCAAAACCCAAGCCUAGCUCCGUGCCAGUAGAAAGUAGUAACACAGUUUCGAAUCAUAAUGACUCAAAUGUUUCAGUAGCUACUGAAGAUGCCCAAGCUAGCGCUCGUGAAGCAGAUGGCAGUGGCGAUGAUGAUAAUCAAGAUGUCACAGUAAGGCGAUCAUCCAAUAGGAAAAGGAGGGUUGUCUUUGACUUAUCGGAUGAAGAUGAAGAUGUUGUCAGUUUAUCAUCACCAGAAUUGCCAAAGAAGCAAUCAUCUCAAGAUUCUAAACAAAAGGAUAACAAGUCAUCGGAGAAAGCCACCUUAAAUUCUGAUACAAAGAGAGAAAAUAAACCAAUGGCUAAGGAAGAAAAAUCAUCUGAUAAAAAAGCCAACCAACCUUUCCAGGAAGAGUUAUCGGUUAUCAACAAAUGCACAAAUAAUGGUAAAUCAUCUAGUGAGAAGCCACAGAGUUGUGCUCCUGAUAUUUCUGUUAAUAAGGAUAGUACAAAGAAUGCUGCACCUGGUUCACCGAAGAGGAGAAAAGUGAUGAAGACCAGAAUUGAUGAACGAGGGAGAGAAGUAACUGAAGUAGUCUGGGAAGGGGAGGAAACAGAAGCGAAGAAAGCUGAUAAGGUUGCAACAAAGAAAUCUGAGAAUAAUGUAUCUACCAAUUCUGUCAACAGUUCCAGUGGCCCGGCAACUAAGAAGACUCCAGCUGUGGCGAAUACCACUGGAAAAGGAAGCAAGAAAACGGUAAACAAGGAUCCCAAACAGGGCAAUAUACUUUCAUUCUUCAAGAGAGUUUGAGAUCAAGAUAGAAUUACAGGAUUGUGGAGACAAUGGUUUAAGCUGUAUGAUCCAUUAGUGCUGCUGAUAGUACAGUAAUGAUGUGAGUGAGGGUUUUGGAUUGUGUAGAUAUUUUUACUAUCAUGGAAGUUUUCAAGGCAGUUGAAAUACAUUUAUCUGUAUGUUUUCCUUGAGCACUCGCUUUCUAAUAUUGUUCAUUUGUUCUCACA